AUGGACGAGCGGUUGCUGGGGCCGCCCCCUCCAGGCGGGGGCCGGGGGGGCUUGGGAUUGGUGGGUGGGGAGCCUGGGGGCCCUGGCGAGCCUCCCGGUGGCGGAGACCCCGGUGGGGGUAGCGGGGGGGUCCCGGGAGGCCGAGGGAAGCAAGACAUCGGGGACAUUCUGCAGCAGAUAAUGACCAUCACCGACCAGAGCCUGGACGAGGCCCAGGCCAAGAAACAUGCCCUAAACUGCCACCGAAUGAAGCCUGCUCUCUUUAGCGUCCUGUGUGAAAUCAAGGAGAAAACUGGCCUCAGCAUUCGAAGCUCCCAAGAGGAGGAGCCAGUGGACCCACAGCUGAUGCGCUUGGACAACAUGCUUCUGGCAGAGGGUGUGGCUGGGCCCGAGAAAGGGGGGGGCUCAGCAGCAGCAGCUGCAGCCGCUGCAGCCUCUGGGGGCGGCGUGUCCCCUGACAACUCCAUCGAACACUCGGACUAUCGCAGCAAACUUGCCCAGAUCCGCCACAUCUACCACUCCGAGCUGGAGAAGUAUGAGCAGGCAUGUAAUGAGUUCACGACCCAUGUCAUGAAUCUGCUGAGGGAGCAGAGCCGCACGCGCCCUGUGGCACCCAAGGAGAUGGAGCGCAUGGUGAGCAUCAUCCACCGGAAGUUCAGCGCCAUCCAGAUGCAGCUCAAGCAGAGCACCUGCGAGGCUGUCAUGAUCCUGCGUUCCCGCUUCCUGGAUGCCAGGCGAAAACGCCGUAACUUCAGCAAACAAGCCACUGAAGUCCUAAAUGAGUAUUUCUACUCCCACCUGAGUAACCCAUAUCCUAGUGAGGAGGCAAAGGAGGAGCUCGCCAAAAAGUGCGGCAUCACCGUCUCUCAGGUCUCCAACUGGUUUGGCAACAAGCGGAUUCGCUAUAAGAAAAAUAUUGGAAAGUUCCAAGAGGAGGCAAACAUCUAUGCCGUCAAGACUGCAGUGUCAGUCACCCAGGGGGGCCACAGCCGCACCAGCUCCCCGACACCCCCUUCCUCCGCAGGCUCUGGUGGCUCUUUCAAUCUCUCAGGAUCCGGAGACAUGUUUCUUGGGAUGCCCGGGCUCAACGGAGAUUCCUAUUCUGCUUCCCAGGUGGAAUCACUCCGACAUUCAAUGGGGCCAGGGGGCUACGGGGAUAACCUCGGGGGAGGCCAGAUGUACAGCCCUCGGGAAAUGAGGGCAAAUGGUGGCUGGCAGGAGGCUGUGACCCCAUCCUCAGUGACAUCCCCAACCGAGGGACCAGGGAGUGUUCACUCCGACACCUCCAACUGAUCUCGCCCCUCAGGAUUACAGGGGUGGACCCCUCACAAGGCGACUCUUGAAGAGAACGCAGGCAUCCAGAGGACAAACCCCCAAACACAGAAGAAGCACAAGACAGAAGGGCAAAUGGGGUUGCCCCUCCCCAACUAGACUCAGUGCUGGGGGUGCUGACUAUAUGUCAGGGAGAAUGGGACCCCUAAGGGGAGAGUGGGAUCUGUCUCCUCUUUUCCUUUUUUCAGUCUUUUUCUUCUCCCCCUUUCUCUCUUACACAGAAACACAUACCCAGAAACCUAUUUUUCUGACCCCCUUUUCUCCUCUUCCUCUGUCUCUCUUUGUCUCUCUGCUCUUCUCGCUCCCUCUCUCUCUCAUAUACACUCAUAUACAACUAUUCUGUUUCUCUUUCUGGGCUUCCCCACUUUCCCUUCCCCACCCCACUUUUAUGCUCUGGAAUCUGUGGAGGCCUGCCUGACCAGAGAUGCCAAAAAUGGGGACACAACUUCUGGACAGAGGACAUGGGCCACGCCCCCUGUGCAUCCCCACCCCCAGCCCCUCCAGACGGCUUUAUUACCUCAUACGCAGCUCAUCUUAAACCAAUAGAAUCGCUCGGUGGACGAGAGUGUCUGACUCAGAUAUCUACCUCGGAGGGAGUUUCUGCUACUUUAGGGAAUUGUUGACUGGGCUUUGGGGUUGAACUUUUUUUUUAAGGAAAGGAAAAUCCUGGGACCCAUCUGUAUUUUUUUUAUUAUUUUUUGAUUUUGUUGUUGGUUCUUAAUUUUUAAUUUGGGGAAGUAGUUUUUUUUAUAUAAAUAUGUUGGAGUUUUUUUUUUUCUUGCUUUCCCAUAUUAGGUGAUAGCCAAAGGGGGCCCUGGUGAGAGAAAGGAACAAAUAGAACUGGUGAAGAAGGCCUGUCCCUGAGGGCACCAAGCCCUCCCCCUCAGGUCACUUAGGUGUUCUUUGCUUGUGCAGGCAGGUUUCUGCUGCAUUUUGUGUGGAGGCAUUGAGGGGCUUGCCCUCCCAUCCCCCCACUUCCCACAACCCUUGAGCAGGGCUUAACUCAGUAAUUUUGAGAAAACUGAAGAUGCCACCUUCCCUAUGAGUGAUACAUCUUUAAAUUUUUCUUUCAACUACUUUUUGCAGGUUGGAGGGGGAAGAAAGGGGAGGGGGUUAUUGCCAAAUAUGUUAAAUAUGGGUUGGGGUGCUUGUAUAUGUAUCUCCCUCAGCUUCCCCAGAAAUGGGGUGUCUUUUUUUGUCACACCAAAACCAAGGGGGUAGGGGGAAAGAGGAGGGAGGUUGCAAAAAGCCAGGUAUUGGGGGGAACAACACUGUCCCAUCCUCUGCCUGAACCCUGCCAUCUGAUCCCCUCAAACAUCCUCAGGAUUUUACAAGACUCAGAGUGGGGGACCCUUCCUGUCAAAGAUCUGGGCAGGACUGGGGGACAGGA